GGUUUACUCUGUUAGCGAUCGGAGCUCGGAGAAGGGAAGAUGCGCUGCGUUCUGCUCUCUGCGUUAAUAUUACUGGCCUGCUCGCUGUCUCGCGCCGGUGGCCAUAACAACGGCGUCCGGAAAGCGAAAAUGCAGUUCGCAGCCGGUCCGCUUCUUAAAUUUCAAAUCUGUAUCUCCUGAGGCUACAAGCGGGUGUUUGAGGAGUACACGCAGGCCUUGUCCCAGCGGUACCCAGACAUCCGCAUCGAAGGAGAGAACUAUCUCCCUCUGCCUAUUUACAGGCACAUCGCUUCCUUUCUAUCCAUUUUGAAACUGUUCCUGAUCGGCCUGGUCAUCGUAGGAAAGGAGCCCUUCACGCUUUUUGGCAUGGAGCCUCCACGACUUUGGACUUGGAGUCAAGAGAAUAAGAUCUACGCCUGCAUGAUGGUGUUCUUCUUCAGCAACAUGCUCGAGAACCAGUGCUUGUCAACGGGGGCUUUUGAAAUCACGCUCAACGAUGUUCCUGUGUGGUCCAAGCUGGAGUCGGGUCACCUUCCCUCCAUGCAGCAGCUGGUGCAGAUCCUGGAGAACGAGAUGAAGAUGAACAUGCCCAUGGACAGACUUCCACAAUAUCACUCUUAACCCAGAGCUCCAGUUCCUUCCAAGUUUGCGGUGUGACUCUCCCCUCGUGGUCGUGAGGCGACGUUUCAUGAAGGUCUGUGCUGAAAGUAGUUUUGCUACCGGCACAGGCUGGAUACCCCGCCCACUGCUCGCCGACACGCACCCUCCGGAGAGGCUCCGCCCCCCACUCCAGUGGCCAUUUAUUACUACUGAAAUCCCACAUGCAGUGCAAUAACGGUUCAAGGGUUAUUUCUGCACAAGCAGUACGUCUGAGGGAAGCCAGAGACAAUAGUUCCUUUACCUUUCACGUGAUUUAUUCGUAGAUUCUUAUGAUUUAAAACAAAGUAAACAGUUCUAACUUUUCUUAACUCAAGCCCCAAAUCAUGGUUAUUUAACAAAUGUUGAUCGAUUU